CUUUAAAAUUGAUACUAAUUCUUCUAUUUACUUAACCCAGCUGAGAGAUUUUUGUGCUCGUUUGUCCUACACCAGCUGAAAACAGUGGGGAAACGCUCUCCAGGCUUUCUUUGUACCUGUAAUUUUUUUUUCCUUUCUUUAUUGUUUGACGGCUCGCUAUCCAAUACGCGCUCACAGCAACAAUUUCUGUUACUUUCGAAUAUAAACUCUUCUCUUCUGAAAGGGAAAAGAAAAAGAAAGCAAGGGCCACAUUUUCUGUUCCAACCUUUUUCCAUUACUCCAGUUUUCUGCAAAUUCUUUUUCCUCUUUCCCUUUUUCUUUAAAUUUACAUGAAUAAUUACCUCUCCAUGGACAGAGCUUCAGAAGCUGCCGCCCGUGAUCUCGCUGAAGUCCGAAAACUCAUUGAAGGCAUGAGUGCCUUUGUGACGAGUCAAGCUGUUCAACAACAACAACAGCAAUCUUCUCCACAGACGACAACGACCGCACCUGCAACGACGACGACUACGACGGCUUCUCUCGAUCGACAUCCUACUCCAUCAUACCCUACCAGUCAGCCACAACAACAGCCAUCUGGCUCACUGUUACAAGACACGGCAUCGUUAAUGGCCGCUGCUGCCACCGCUGCCGCCGCUGUGGCGUCGUCGUCGUCCUCUUCAACCACAGUGGCUGCUCCAACUUCUGCUGCUGCUGCUGCUGCUGCUGCUGCUUCUCCUACCACUACAACACCCGCUCCUGCCACGGGAACAACCACCACCACAACAGCAACGCCCCAAACAACGCCCUCUGCACCACCAAAUGAUCCAUACAGUGCUCAACCACCUGCAAACGGCAUUGUCGUCCAAGUCGAUCAUUUAAUGUAUAACCGUGUCCUGUAUUUCCAAUUAUCGCCGGAUGCUACGAUUGAGCCGCUUAUCACCGGACUUCGUCUGUCGUUCCAUGACACUUCAAUUUCUGGCAUGGUGCUUCAAUACAAGGGAUUCGAUGGCCUGUGGAAGUGUCUGUUGAAUCGCGAUGAUUCUUUAAAACGUAUACUAAAGCAAGGAUUCAAGAGUCAGACCAUGUUACAGAUGCGAGUACCGCGUGAGCAAGAUUUGUUGAGUGUAAGAAACAAAACGAGAGAAUUGAGCUAAAGUACAAGAUAUGGAUGGAAGAGAGAGUUUAACACCUUUAAUUUUUUGUUUGCUAGUCG